AUGGCGGAACCUAUCAAAGUAGACUACCUCGUCGUCGGCGCAGGCGGAAUGGGAAUGGCCUUCGUUGAUACUUUGCUCUCGGACACCAAAGCUACUGUGGCACUCGUCGAUCGCUAUAGCCGCCCCGGAGGUCACUGGACCACGGCCUACCCUUUUGUGAGGCUACACCAGCCCUCCGCCUUCUAUGGUGUCAACUCAAAGAAGUUGGGCAGUGGAUUCAUCGACCAAGUCGGCUGGAACAAAGGCCUACAUGAACUGGCUAGCAGCGAUGAGGUCUUGGCAUACUACGAUCAGGUUUUGAACCAACGCUUCCUACCGUCUGGACGAGUCCAGUACUUCCCCAACUGCAAUUAUCAAAGCGGCGGCAAGUUCGUCUCCAUGAUAUCGGGCAAGAGUUUCCACUUAACUAGCGGUUUCACCCGGAUUGUGGACUCCACGUACAUGCGCGUGAAGGUGCCAUCUAUGGGUCCUCCAUCGUACCAGGUGGCUUCCGACGUCUCCUUUGUGACGCCAAACUCACUAUCGAGGAUUUCGCAGCCCUUCGCCAACUUUACCAUCGUCGGCGCCGGCAAGACGGGCAUCGACACUUGCCUAUGGUUACUUUCGCGAGGAGUCGACGCCUCGAAGUUAACAUGGAUCAUGCCACGAGACUCGUGGCUUUUUGACCGCAGCGAGAGUCAGCCAGGCGCCGACUUUGCCACGAGGACCCUCAGUUGUUUUCCCGCGCAGAUGGAGGCCAUCAUGAUGGCCGCAUCUGUGAGCGAUCUGUUGAAACGGCUGGAAGAAAAGGGACAUCUCAUGCGCAUCAGCGACGACGUCUGGCCAACCAUGUUCCGUUGUGCCUCCGUGUCUGUGACCGAGCUCGAGCAGCUCAAGAAGAUCACGAACAUUGUCCGCCAGGGCCGAGUCGUCAGCAUCGGGCUUAACGAGGUGAAGUUCGACAAUGGGGUCAGCUACCAGCCGCAGCCAAACACCCUCUUUGUCGACUGUACGGCGGACGGACUGGAGAAGCGUGAAGCAGUCCCUGUUUUCAACGGAAAUUUGAUCACUUUGCAGUCUGUCCGUAAAUGCCAACAGGUCUUCAGCGCAGCCUUCAUCGCCCAUGUCGAGACAGCUUACAGCGAUGAUGAAACUAAGAACAAGCUCUGCCGCCCCAUCCCGCAUCCGGAUCAGGAUUUUGACUGGCUUCUUACCACAUACCUCGAUUUUCAGAACUCCCUGCUCUGGACUGCCCAGCCCAAAACCACAAAGUGGCUUUCCCAGGCUCGUCUGGACUGGAUCGGCGCCUUACUAGCAUUUCCCCGUACCGACGACGACCGUGACUCCGAAUCGUCGAUGAAACAGCAGGUCUCGAGCUGGGAUAUGGCUCCGCAGAUCCAUGCGGCGUGCGAGAAGCUCAAGGCUUUGCUUGCCCAGCUUCCGUCGAAGGACGCGGAACGAGUCAAGGAGCAGAUCAAUGGCGUCGGGUCUGAAACUUUCGAGAACAAGUCAGGGAAUCUUAGUCCAGAGUUUCUCGAUCCUGAGUUCAAGAUAACCUUUGACGCCCAGCUGACACUGAUAAUUGAGCCAGGACACGACAGCAGACUUAAAUCCGUCAAGAACCUUGCCGGCGCAGUCUCUCACCGCGGACUUGUACCAAAGAGCGGCGUCGGAGCAGGCGUCGAGGACGAAAAGAGACUUGAGCUGUGCGGCGACGUCCUCGUCGCCGGCCUCGAGGUAACAUUCUAUCUCGGAAACGACUUGGGCCCGGAUCUUGUCGAGGAGGGUACGCCACUGCGCAUCGGUGCCCGGGCCGUAGGCGGUGCGGUAGGUGGUGAAGCCCCAGCUACCGCAGAAUUCGCUCACGUCGCCUCCGGCGGUCCAAGAGGUGCCCGCCGGGGGGCGGAAACAACUUUUGAGGAUUGCGGGGGUGUUGGAUGGGAUUUCGUUGGGACAAAGAUGCGUUCCACACUUGUUUCCUUUGCUAUCGCCUCCCUGGCCACCGCCGCUGCCGCGCGGACUUCACGCCGCCACCCCGCCCACGUCCGCCGGCAGACCGGCCCCGUCGCUCCGAGGACCGCCUCAGACUGCGCCUACUACGACACCGCCGUCGACAGGUCCUACAACUGCGACUUUUUCCAGAUCGAAUGGGGUCUCUCGGCUCCUGACUUCCUGGACUAUAACCCCAGCGUCGGCGCCGACUGCUCCGGCAUCGUCGUCGGAAACUCCUACUGUGUGGAGGCCGUCUCCGGCGACACGUGCCAGGGCAUCGUCAACAAGUACGGUACCUUUGACCUGAACCAGUUCUACGGCUGGAACCCGGCAGUGGGCAACACAUGCUCAGGACUCUGGCUCGGUUACUACUACUGCAUUGGCACCCUAACCACUACCAGCACGACCGCCGCCCCGGCCCCUCCCGCCGAAACCUGCAACCCAUCCGCGCCUACGCCCACGCAGCCGUCCGCUAUCUGCGGCUGCAAGAAAUGGCACCUGAUCGGCAGCGGCAACACGUGCGACGCCAUCACCAAGCAGUACGGCGUCACUCUUUCCGACUUCACCAGUUGGACCCCCAGUGUGGGAUCCACGUGUACCAGACUGUGGCUUGGAUACUACGCUUCUACACUAAUGCUCUACUUUUGGUUCUGA